CAUUCGCUAUAAAAUUGCUCAAUUAAUCAAUCAGUCAUCAAAAUGGCGUUGAUCAUGCCGUUCGUGUCCGUUGCUAUAUCUAUACUGUACACGCCGUUAUUACUUUUAAUAUUGUGCAUAAUAUUCCUUGCUUCAAUUGGAAAAUCUUUGGGCGUCCGGAGACUAUACGUGAACAUACUGCUGAAACUUUUCGAGAUUUAUGAGCGCAGUCUCCUUAAUUGUUAUGGCAGACAACACAUUGAAGUCGCGAAGAUCAAGAUCCAGCGUUCAGACAGUUCUGAUGAGGAGGAACUGCCUCCAAUACCUGACGACACUCCACCUUCAGCUAUUGUCAAGGAGAAUGGGGCUAAUGGUACAAAGAUGACAGUGAUAGAACGGCACGAGAUCCUCGGGCCGUCUCCGGAGCUCAACUACAAGAGGAGCACCAGCCAGGAGCGAGUGCAGAACGGGCAUAAGACUCCACAGGGGAAUGGUGAAAAUAAUAUGGAGUUCCACCUAUCCAAUUGCCUGGACCUUGUGAAGGCAGGCAUGGAGUCUAUCAUAGAAGACCAGGUGACUUCAGUCUUCGAGGCUGAAGAGUUGAGGAGCUGGAACCUCCUCACUAGGACUAAUAGACAAUACGAGUUCUUAACAUGGAGAUUAACAAUAAUAUGGGCGAUGGGUUUCGUAGUCCGAUACAUGUUUCUAUUACCUCUCAGGAUAAUGAUAUUUGUUAUUGGGGUCCUGGUAAUGGUGCUAUCAACAUGGAUAGUGAGCAUGAUACCAUUCGCACGUCUACGCAACAAACUCGGCCGUAUUUCAUACAAAACCAGCAUCAGAGUGCUGAUCCGAGGCCUUUCGGUCCACGCGAGGUUCCACAACCAGCAGUUCAAGCCUAAAGCCAACGGCUUCUGCGUAGCUAACCAUACCAGUCCCAUAGAUGUCGGUGUUCUCAGCAUUAAGACAUGUUUCUCUUUGAUCGGUCAAAGACACAAUGGUUUUCUAGGAAUCCUACAGAGGGCGCUGGCUAGGGCUUCGCCCCAUAUAUGGUUUGAGAGAUCAGAAGUUAAAGACAGGCAUGCGGUCGCUAGGAGGUUAAAAGAACACAUAUCGGUGGCCGACAACCCACCGAUCCUUAUCUUCCCUGAAGGCACCUGUAUCAAUAAUACUUCAGUCAUGCAGUUCAAAAAGGGCAGUUUUGAAGUCGGUGGCACUAUAUACCCUGUCGCUAUCAAAUACGACCCCCGUUUCGGCGACGCCUUCUGGAACAGCUCCCGCUACGGCAUGCUGCACUAUCUCCUCAACAUGAUGACGUCAUGGGCCAUCGUCUGCGACGUGUGGUACCUGCCCGCCAUGACUCGCGCCGCCGACGAGAGCGCCGUGGACUUCGCUAACAGGGUCAAAGCUGUUAUCGCGAGGCGAGGGGGCCUCGUGGACCUUAUGUGGGACGGACAAUUAAAACGAAUGAAACCCAAAAAGGAAUGGCGUGAGUUACAACAAGAGGAAAUCAGUAAAAGACUAAAAGGCGAAUAGUUUAUAUACAUAAAUAAAUUCAGUGAUUUUGGACUCUAUUACCGCCCCGGGCGGAGUCGCGCGACGAGCGUAGUCGAGGGUGCAUACCGAAUUUGAUAUUGUGAACUUUCAAUAUUUCAAAGUUAAAAGGUUUUUAGUUUAAAUAGAAAAAAUAUGAAAAUUAACGAUAAGAGCUCUGCUUCAUUGAGACGCCAUGGCGACUCAGGCCUGGCUACUUUUGGCAUCCAAUGGUCGCCCAGUCGAGUGGCCAUGAAAUGAAAUCGUUUAUUUGCAAGUUGGACAUUACAUCACUUUUGCACGUCAUUUUAAGAACGCUGAGGUCGGCAUUUCCUAAUUGACUGAUCCCUGAGAAGAAACGCCGAAACAAACUCAAGGGUCAUAGUCUCUUUUAAAGUCCAAACAUGUUAUAAAUUAUAUGUGAGUGUCACCAUGUACGCGGCGUGGCGUCUCGACAAUCAAUUGUUUAAGUCGUCGCUAAAGAAAUCGCACGCUGACUGGCGACUACACUGGCGACUUACCGUGUACAUUAUAGUGGCAACCGUGACAUCGUCGCCAAGCUGCCAGAGUAUCCAGAAGCCACGUAGAGAACUGUAGCUCGUGGCCACGCUUCCAAUUUGGUGACGUUGCCAAACAGUCGCCAAGUGAGUUCGGUUCCAUACAUUUUAAUGCUUGGAUACGUAGCCGAUGACGUCGCCAUUGGCGUCCUAAUGAGGCUCUAAGCUCGGUUUCACUGGAUACUGAUAGUGUCAGUUAGUUAUCUGAUAGAUAAUGGUAUCUGCCAGAUAAGGCUGCUUAUUUCUGCCAGAUAUUGCUAACCGAGCUGUGAAAGGAAAAGUUUUAUUUUAUCUGUCAGAUAAGUGCCUGAUAGGCUAUCAGAGACUUUAUCAGUGACCGGUGAAACUGGCCAUAACACUUUUAUGUGAAAAUAAACCCCGGUAUUGAAAAUCAAGGAUAUGUGAUAGAAUUGUGAACUUUUUCUAAGCUGGUUAUUUAUUACAACUUAUGAAAUGAAUAGUAGUUUUUUUAUUAAUUUUAUACUUAAAUGUGGGUUUAUAUAGAUUUUCAAUAAAAAUUACAGUCAAGUGAGAAGGGUUCCGUACCUAUAAAAUCUAAAAAAUCAUGUAUGUUAUAUGCGAGGCCCCAAAAUAUUUACUAUAUUCUAGUUUUCAGUAUUUGUUGUUAUAGCGGCAACAGAAAUACAUCAUCUGUGAAAAUUUCAACUCUCUAACUAUCACGGUUCAUGAGAUAAAGCCUGUUGACAGACGGACAGCGAAGUCUUAGUAAUGGGGUCCUAAUUUUUUGGUAUCGGGUUGCCCGGGGUAACUGGGUUAAGGAGGUCAGAUAGACAGUCGCUCCCUGUGGCACACUGGUACUCAGCUGCAUUCGGUUAGACUGGAAGCCGACCCCAACAUAGUUGGGAAAAGGCUCUGUACGGAACCUUAAAAUCAGCAUUUUUGAUUGAUCAAAAAUAUUCUUGUUACUGAAUUUUUUAUUUGCAAAAUAUCUUGAUUUUUUAAUAGGCUAGUUUUUUUAAAUCAGACUUGCCUAACUCUUAGAGUAGUCGCUUACAGCCAUAAGACCGUUUUUAUAGAAAAUUUGCAUUUUUUUAUUUAUUUUUUACUAUUAUAGGAAUAGGACAACUUGAUAUUUUGCAAGUAAAAAAUUCAGAACGAAGAUUUUUCGAGUAGAAAUAGACGAUUUUUGUACAAACGCCACGGGGUCAACUUACCCAAAUCUGUCAAAUGUUACCAAUCGAACAUUAGCCUUCCACUAUUGUGAUAAGAUUGAAGCCAGUAAGUCUGACGCCAGUCUAACCAAGGGGUAUCGGGUUGCCCGGGUAACUGGGUUGAGGAGGUCAGAUAGGCAGUCGCUCCUUGUGGCACACUGGUACUCUGCUACAUCUGGUUAGACUGGAAGCCGACCCCAACAUAGUUGGGAAAAGGCUCGGGAGAUGAUAUUGUGAUAAGGUAGAUAAUCUAUUGAAGACAUUUGACAGAUUUAGGUAGACUACUGUUUUGUAUUUAUUAAAUUAUAGUAUAGUAUAGUGCUUUUUUUAUAUUAUUUAAAAUUGUUGAUGAUCAAUAGGCUUAAAAUUCUUUUUUUUUUGUUAAUAUUUGCUGCUAAACUAUGACACAAAUGUCAGACAUUUUUUUACUGUUUUUUUUUUUAAUUACAAAAGCAAGUCUAUUUGAGUAGAAACUUAACUAAAAGUAAACAAUCUUAAUACCUACUUAGGAUUUUUUACACAAAUACAUAUUAAACAAACAAGCUACUGCUAAAAAUAAUGAGUCAAGUUACUGUCAUUAUUGUUUUUACAUAGAUUUUUUGCCGCAUUUUAUAUCCCGUGUGUCAUACCUAAUCACAUUAAAUUAAAUACGUUAAUAUACUGGCUAAUAAAUGUCGAUUAGCACAAAGAAAAAAACAAAGUAAAUAGAAUAAAAAUGUGCGAGAAUUAGAACACCAUAAGAAUCAGUCAUUACAUUACAAACAACUGAAAUUCUCCCUUGAAAACUGACAGCUGUCAACUGAUCAAAGCAUUCGAGACUCCUAACUUUAUCUCUGCUUUACACAUGAUGUUGUAAAAUAUGAAAACGAAAAAUGGCUCCUGUGGCCAAACCACUGAGUGGAUUAGGUUAUUUUUUUUACAAUUCGCCAUAGAAUAUCAUAAAGUAUAUGCGAUAGGAUUUAAUGUAAUUAGGUACGACACACCCGAUAUAAAUAAGUUUUUACAUACAUUUUAUGAAGAUUAUUUAUUUUUAGUUAAGUACUCAAAUGGAGUAUAGAAUUACUAUGAGUGAAUGAAAUAUUGUUAAACAUAAGAAGAUAGACUGAUUAUCUAGCAUUUUUAUCAAAAACAUGCUUUCGCCAGCGGUUUCACCCGCGUCCCGUGGUAACUAUUCUGCGCACCUGGAUAAAAAAUAGCUGGUGGCCCACAAUAAAUGGGCGAUAUGAGACGAAAUAUUUUUAUAGUAGUUUCCGACAUUAGCGCUUUCAAAUAAACAAACUCUUCAGUUUUAUGAUAUUAGUAUACAUAUAACCCUAUUUCAAGUUUAUCUAUACUAAUUUAAUAAAGAGGAAACAUUUUUUAGUUUGUAGCCUAAAGACUCCGAAACUAAUGAACCGAUUUGAAAAAUCCUUCCACUGUUGGAAAGCUACACUCUUCCCGAGUAACAUAGGCUAUAUUUUAUCCCGGUACGGGCAGUAGUUCCCACGGGACGCGGGUGAAACUAGCAUAAAAGCUAAAUAAAAUAUGGGUGAAGUCGCUGGGAACAGUUAGUAUUAUAAAAUUCCAAAGGAAAUAUUGUAGUGAUAUUUAGUUUGAAAUAUCAAAUUCGGUAUGAUUUUACAAAGGACGAGUGGAGAAAGAAAUGUGUAAGCAAUAUAUUUUUUGAUUGCUCAAAUGUUGAACGAGGUGUAAUCGCUAAUACGAAAAUAAAUGUUGUAAUAUAUUC